GCUCCCCGCGAAGCACUUCCGGCGCGCUCUGGUGACGUAAGCGGAAGAGGCGCCAUGCCGGGUCUGAGCGCCGGAGAGAUGGAGGGCCGGAAGAUCCUGGUCCUUUUCGGCAGCCAGACAGGGACGGCCCAAGAUACGGCCGAGAGGAUUGGGCGGGAAGCCAAGCGGCGGCACUUCCGGUGCCGAGUGGAGGCCCUGGACGCCUUCGGAGUGGCUUCCCUGAUCCAUGAGCCGCUGGUGGUCUUCGUCUGCGCAACCACAGGGCAAGGAGACCCUCCUGAUAACAUGAAGAAUUUCUGGCGGUUCAUAUUCCGGAAGAACCUGCCCCCCGGUUCCCUGAGCCGGAUGGAUUACGCGGUUCUGGGGCUCGGAGAUUCCUCAUACCCCAAGUUCAACUUCAUUGCCAAGAAACUACACAAGCGGCUUCUGCAGCUGGGGGGCAGCCCCAUGACACCUGUGGCGCUGGGAGAUGACCAGCAUGAUUUGGGCCCUGAUGCGGUUAUUGACCCCUGGCUGCUAGAUUUGUGGGACAAGGUCUUAGCUCUGUAUCCUCUUCCUCCUGGCCUCCUCAUAAUCAGUCCAGAAAUCACUUUACCACCCAAAUUCACCUUCCAGUUUCUGGAAGAGGAUGGCAGUGGCCUCAGCGAGGGCUCCUUCCAGCAGAGCCAGCUUUCUCGGGAGCCCCCCUCGGAGCUGCACCCUUUUGCUGCCCGAAUGGUGUCCAACCGACGUGUGACCUCUGAAUCACACUUCCAAGAUGUUCGCCUCAUUGAGUUGGAUGUCACUGGCUCUGGAAUAGAGUACACUGCUGGAGACGUGGUCAUGAUCCAGCCCCACAAUGCUCCAGAGGAGGUGCAGCUCUUCUGCAGUCUCCUGCGUUUGGAUCCUGACAGGCGCUUUGUCCUGAGGCCAACCGAAUCAGGCACCCCCCUCCCUGCCCACCUGCCCCAGCCAUGCUCCAUCCGGCACCUGGUGACCCACUACCUGGACAUCACCUGUGUCCCCCACCGCUCCUUCUUUGAGCUUCUGGCCCAUUUCUCUACCCACAAGUUGGAGCAAGAGAAGCUGCAGGAGUUCAACUCUGCCCAGGGCCAGGAGGAGCUCUAUGCAUACUGCAAUCGCCCACGCAGGACCACGCUGGAGGUCCUCUGUGACUUUCCUCACACAACUUGUGCCAUUCCAUGUGAUUAUCUGCUAGACCUCAUUCCACGGAUCAGGCCUCGUGCCUUCUCAAUCGCUUCCUCCAUGCUGGUCCGUCCCAACUGCAUUGAGAUCCUUCUGGCAGUGGUGCGCUAUAAGACCUUCCUCAGUAAACCCCGGCGUGGCCUCUGCUCCACGUGGCUGGCCUCCCUUGACCCACAGAACGAGGCUGCCCGGGUUCCUCUCUGGGUGAAGAAAGGAGGGAUGAAAUUCCCGGCUGAACCAGAGACGCCUGUGGUCCUGAUUGGGCCUGGCACCGGGGUGGCCCCCUUCCGAGCAGCGAUCCAGGAGCGAGUCACCCAAGGCAAACAAGGGAAUUGCCUGUUUUUCGGCUGCCGGCAGAAAGCCAAAGAUUUUUACUGCCAGGAGGAAUGGGAGGAGCUGGUGAAGAGGGGCUUCAUGAUGCUGUUUGUGGCCUUCUCCCGGGAUCAGGAAGAGAAGAUUUACGUCCAGCACCGCCUCAAGGAGAACAAAGCGCUCAUCUGGAACCUGGUGGGAUGCCAGGGUGCCCACAUCUACCUGGCCGGGAACGCCAAGCAAAUGCCCGAGGGAGUGGCCGAAGCCCUGAAGUCCAUCUUCCAGUCAGAAGGAGGCCUCUCUGCCCUGGAAGCCGAGGACUACCUGGCCAACCUGGAACGCGCCGGCCGCUUCCAGGCCGAGACCUGGUCUUGAAUUGCUCCUGCUGAGUCUCAGGUGGACAGAGGGAGGGAUGGGCAGAUGUGGGGGCCCCAGACUCUGGUCAGGACCAAUAAACCUGGGCUGGCACCUUU